AUGGCAGCGAUAUACCGUCUCGGAAUUCCGAGUUUGACAAAGUUCGAAGAAGAAGUGCGAGCUGCAGAAUCCGCUGCGCACUUACCCCCGGAAUACUGGACUCCCAUACAAUAUCGCCGCAUGGAAGCUGUAGGACAAUGGCUAACUUUCAUCUUCGUUAGCGGUCUCGCUAUUGGUGCAUACAUGUUAUUCCGAAGAUUCAAAGGCUCAUUCAACAUCUCCGAUAUGAUGUCUAAUAUAACAAAGGGGAAGUAUACUGUCAUUGACCCGCACAGUCCUGAAGGAAAGAAACAGCUUAGGAUCAAGUUCAAGGAUGUUGCUGGUUGCUUUGAAGCCAAACAAGAAAUCAGUGAAUUUGUGGACUAUCUCAAAAAUCCGAAUAAGUACACGAAGUUGGGUGCGAAGUUACCUCGUGGUGCAUUGCUCACCGGUCCUCCUGGAUGUGGAAAGACCCUCAUAGCGAAAGCUCUGGCAGCUGAAUCAACAGCACCGUUCAUCUCAAUGAAUGGAUCCGAGUUUGUGGAAGUUAUCGGCGGUAUGUAG